UUAUCUUUAGUUGAAUGGUUGAAGGUAUAUUCAAUCUCCAAAAGAACGAAUCCCAAAUUCUUGUACUGCUUCUAAUUGAAGGGCAGAAUAAGAUUGAUACAAUCAGCAACUUCUAUUUCUCUGCAUUUACAAAUUCAUUUGAAGAUGAAAACAUUGUCGUAAGCAUGUGUCAGGUUUUGGACCAGACAAUUGAUUAGGUGUACCUCUUCAGCUUUCCAUUUGAGUGCCCAAGCACUGAAACUGAAAGCUCAAAAAUCCAAAUACUAGGAAAUAAUUGAUGAUGCAUAACCAUAAUUUUUACAUGUUCAAUACAUUGACCGUCAACCAAACCACAGAAUCCUUAAAGUUCUACGCUUUGGAUACACACAAAAACUUGUCUCCUACUAUCAAGAAUGUUAGCAGUAGUUUUUUUCUCAACUGCUCCAAACAUGGGUUUUGAUGACCAAGGUGUUCGUAUAAAUUUGGUCCUCAGGCUUGUUUUGUGCAUGGACAUGUUCAAAAAUAAGAUGGGAAAAGGUUGCUGCAGGUUUUUCUUGUUUCUUUUGUUCUUCUUCAUUAAUGGUGGUGUUCUUAAAGCAUGGCCUAAAGGGAGUGUUACAAGAUAUUACGACUUUAAGGUUCAAACAGCAUCUAUUACAAAACUAUGCAAGACAUCAACUGUUGUCACUGUAAACAGGAUGUAUCCUGGACCUACCAUUUAUGCUCGGGAAGACGAUAGAGUGGUUGUCAAGGUCACCAAUCUUACUCCAUACAACAUUUCAAUCCACUGGCAUGGAGUUCGUCAAAGGCUAACUUGCUGGUUUGAUGGCCCUGCCUACAUAACUCAGUGUCCAAUCCAGGCAGGCCAGAGUUUCAAAUACAGGUUUACCUUUCUUAACCAGCGAGGCACACUCUUCUGGCAUGCUCACAUAUCAUGGCUAAGAGCAACAGUUCAUGGUCCCCUCAUUAUCUACCCUAAGCAAGGUGUUAGCUACCCCUUUGAGCCUCCCGUUGAAGAGCAUGUGAUUGUACUUGGAGAGUAUUGGCUUCGAGACAUCCAGGACUUGGAAAGACAAGUGAAAGAAUCAGGAGGAGGUCCCCCAGGCUCAGAUGCCUACAUUUUGAAUGGUCAUCCUGGUCCCCUCCAUAACUGCUCUAGAGACGAUGUAUACACCAUUAAUGUUACACAGGGGAAGAAGUAUCUUCUCAGGAUCAUCAAUGCAGCUCUUAACAUGGAACACUUUUUCGGGGUGGCCCAACAUACUAUGACUGUUGUAGAAGCAGAUGGAGAAUACACAAAACCCUUCGAUACCUCAUUUCUGAUGCUAACUCCAGGCCAGACUUACAAUGUCUUGAUUAAAGCAGACCAGCCCAUUGGAAAAUACUACAUGGCCCUGUCCCCUUACAUGCCAGCAAAAAGUGUUCCCUUCUUGAAUAAAACGUCUUAUGCAAUUCUCGAUUAUGUUAAACACACAAAGUCGAUGAUACCUCAUGAACCAAUCCUACCUAAUGUAAAUGACACUGAAUCUGUUCAAGCAUUCGCAGACCAAGUCAAAAAUCUAUACCCAAACCAACAUUGGUCCCCAAUUGACGUUCCUUUGAAAAUUGACAAAAGUUUGUUUUUUACAAUUGGACUCAAUGUGCUCAGCUGCAAUUCAUCUGAUCCUGAUAGAUCAUGCCAGGGGCCUAAUGGGGGAAUCUUUGCUGCUUCUGUCAACAACAUAUCGUUUAGAAGACCAAUGGUGUCUCUUCUAAAUGCUUACUACAAUAAUUUAGAAGGAUAUUUCAGCACAAAUUUCCCCGAUAAGCCGGAAAAGAUGUAUGAUUUUGUGAAUGAGGCUCCCAAUAACAUUGGCGUUGAUACACAGCCAGCUAUUGGGACUCAAGUGAGUGUCCUAGAGUAUGGUUGGGCGGUUCAAGUCAUAUUUCAAGACACUGGCACGGUAGGAACUGAGAACCAUCCUAUACACCUUCAUGGCUUUAGCUUCUACUUAUUGGGCACAGGACUUGGCAAUUUCAACUCCGCCACUGCGAUUCUUAACUUCUAUGAUCCUCCAUAUAGAAACACUGUUGGUGUGCCAGUAGGUGGAUGGGCAGUCAUUCGAUUCAGAGCUGAUAAUCCAGGAGUCUGGUUUAUGCAUUGCCAUCUAGACGUGCACACAACAUGGGGACUCUCUAUGGCUUUUCUAGUGAAGAAUGGGAAAGGCAAAAUGCAAACUUUGCCAUCUCCACCUCCUGACCUUCCGCUCUGUUAAUAAAUUUCUUGUCUGUAAAUCUGUGCUGGCUUUUCCUUUUUGCACCAUAUCUGUUUUUGCUUCUAUGUUUCUAGUAUUUAGAAUA